GCUGGCAGAAGUGGAGCACUAACAGGCAACAUCAUAGCAUAGGCAAAACCACCAAUUCUAGCAAAGCCUUGGAGCUUGGGGUGGUAGCCACACCAGUAGCCAGAGCAGUCAUGGGGUCGCUGCCGACGGAGGAGCGGGAGAGGCGCCAGCAGCAGCCGCCGCACGUGGUGAUGGUCCCGUACCCGGCGCAGGGCCAUGUCACGCCGAUGCUGCAGCUGGCCAAGCUACUCCACACGCGCGGCUUCCACGUCACCUUCGUCAACAACGAGUUCAACCACCGCCGCCACCUGCGCGCGCGCGGGCCUGGAGCGCUCGACGGCGCGCCGGGGUUCCGCUUCGUCGCCAUCGACGACGGCCUUCCACGCUCCGACGCCGACGCCACGCAGGACGUCCCCGCGCUCUGCUACUCCACCAUGACCACCUGCCUGCCCCGGUUUAAGGACCUCGUCGCCCGGACCAAUGCCGAGGCCGAGGCCCAGGGACGGCCCGCCGUGACGUGCGUCGUCGCCGACAGCGUCAUGACCUUCGCUCUCCGCGGCGCGCGGGAGCUCGGCCUCCGCUGCGCCACGCUCUGGACCGCCAGCGCCUGCGGCUUCAUCGGCUACUACUACUACCGCCACCUCGUGGAGCGGGGCAUCGUCCCGCUCCAGAACGAGGCGCAGCUCACCGACGGGUACCUGGACGACACCGUCGUCGACUGGAUCCCCGACGGCGCGGCGCCCAAGGACCUGCGGCUCCGGGACUUCCCGAGCUUCGUACGCACCACGGACCCGGACGACAUCAUGCUCAACUACUUCAUCCACGAGGUGGCCGGGAUGUCGCAGGCGUCGGCGGUGGUCAUCAACACCUUCGACGAGCUCGACGCGACACCGCUCCACGCCAUGGCGAAGCUCCUGUCGCGGCCGGUCUACACCGUCGGCCCGCUCCCGCUGACGGUGCGAAACAACGUCCCCGCGGACAGCCCCGUCGCGGCCAUCGCGUCCAACCUGUGGAAGGAGGAGGACGCGCCGCUCCGGUGGCUCCACGGCCGCGCGCCGCGCUCGGUCGUGUACGUUAACUUCGGGAGCAUCACGGUGAUGUCCAACGAGCAGCUGGCCGAGUUCGCGUGGGGGCUGGCCAACACCGGCUACGCCUUCCUGUGGAACGUGCGUCCGGACCUCGUCAAGGGCGGCGGCGGCGGCGGCGGGCUGCCGUCGGAGUUCGCGGCCGCGACGGAGGGCCGGAGCAUGCUGUCGACGUGGUGCCCGCAGGCGGCGGUGCUGGAGCACGAUGCCGUGGGGGUGUUCUUGACGCACUCCGGGUGGAACUCCACGCUGGAGAGCAUCUGCGGCGGCGUGCCCAUGGUGUGCUGGCCCUUCUUCGCCGAGCAGCAGACCAACUGCCGGUACAAGCGCACCGAGUGGGGCAUCGGGAUGGAGAUCGGCAGCGACGUCCGGCGGGGCGAGGUGGAGGCGCUCAUACGGGAGGCCAUGGAGGGGGAGAAAGGGCGGGAGAUGCGCCGGCGAGUGACGGAGCUCAAGGAAAGCGCCGUGGCCGCGGCGAGGCCCGACGGACGAUCCAUGCGCAACGUGGACAGGCUCAUCGACGAGGUGCUCCUAGCCUGAGCCUGAGCCUGAGCAUUCAGCAUCCUCCCUGUGGCUCUCUUUGUUCUCCGUGGACAGGAACUGUGCUCCUAGCUAGCUUGAGCAUUCAACAUCCUCCGAUCAUACGGUAUCAUAUCCUUGUUUUUAUUGUGAAAGUGGCAACGAUGUCGUUGCACAUGGGAGUAUAUCUCUCUCGAUGUUGGAGGUGAUUAACAAAUCACUAAAGCUAAAUUUGGCAAGAGAUCUAUAGUAGCUAAAUUUGGUAAGAGAUCUGUAGUAUGUAAGGUCUUAUUAUAAAAUUAAGAACAUGGUGCUCUUGUUCAAUUUAU